AUGGUAUCAAAUGACAUCAAGAAGGCUGCGAUAGUUUGGAUAAGGAGCGAUAUACGCUUGGCCGAUCAUGCGCCCUUGGUGUCAGCUUGCAGCCUUCCCCAGACCUGCUUUGUCCUGCCUGUCUACUGCCUGAGCCCUGCAUUGUUGCAGCCGCGCUGCAACAUUCCAGGACUCAAUGGCAUUCCUGUCCUUGGUCCUCACCGGGGCAGGUUUCUCCUCGAAGCCCUGCAGGCUCUACAGCAGCAGCUUGCUGCACGCGGCUCGAAGCUGCAUUUUGCUGUCAGCAGACCAGCGGAAGAAAUACCUGCACUGGUCAGAGGUCUGGCUGGGCAGGUCUCCCAUGUUGAUCUGUACCACUACCUCCAAAUCGGACGGCACUCAGUUGAGGAAGAGGACGCCGUGGCUGAUGCCUUCCACGCCGCUUGCAAGGAGUCACAGCUGACCUCAGAAGUCCACCACUUCUGGGGUCACACGCUGUACCAUCCUCAUAAUGCUUUGGCAGCUCUGAAGCCGCCCGCCAGAGACUCCAAUUCUCAAUUGGCGGUGGAGAGUCAUGGCUUUGUCCGUGAACCCUUGCCUGCGCCAGAUCAGAUACCGCCAUUCCCUGACAGCAUCCCUAGUGCAGCUCCUCUGCCCAAGAAGGCCAGCACUGACAGAACAGAUGCAGAUGCAAUUGCAGCAUUGCCGUCCAUUAGCGUGGCGCAGGAGGGCAUGCCAGGGGAGGCAAGUGUGUCUAGAAAUGAUUCAGGGGCGGCGGAUGGGAACCUGUCAGCUCCAGCGCCGAUUGACUCCUUCAAGGACACGCGCAUGUUGGCCGGGGGUGUGGACAACAGCGCCAAACUGAGCGCCUACCUGGCGGCCGGGUGCCUGUCGCCGCGCAUGGUCUAUGCAGAGAUACAGAAAGCAAGGAACCAGAGUGGCGGAGACAGCGGGCACUCCUGGCUCAUCAUGCAUCUGAUCAUCAGGCAGGCCCCACCCCUUCAAGCCAGCAUUUCUUUGCCCAGGGAUUUCUUCCUCUUCACAGCACUGAAGGAGGGCGACAAGCUGGAGCGGCCAGAGGGCAUCCGAGGGGAGGCAAGACAGUGGCGGCACUGUGAUGAGGAGUUCCUGCGCUGGUGCCGAGGGCGCACAGGCUUCCCAUUUGUGGAUGCAUGCAUGCGCGAGCUGGCCGCCACCGGCUACAUGAGCAACCGUGGUCGCCAGAACGUGUCCAGCUUCCUGUGCAAGGCGAUGGGGCACAGUUGGCAGGUUGGAGCGGCGCUGUUUGAGACUCUUCUGGUGGACCAUGAUUGGGCGGUAAACACAGUGAACUGGGCCUAUUUUGCCGGUGUGGGCAAUGACCCGCGUGACCGCAUCUUCCGCACUGUGAGUCAGGGAAUGACCUACGAUCCUGAGGCGCAACACAUCAAUAGCUGGGUGCCCGAGCUCAGUAAUCUCCCAGGGGAUUUUGCGCACAGGCCCUGGAAGUUAGAGAAGGGUGCUGCAGAGGCCUGUGGCUUUGACCUAUGCAGGGACUAUGUGCCUCCCUUGCUGGAUGCGUCAACACAGAUUGCGAUAAAUUACGGCAAAAAGUAG